CCCGCCAGGCAAAGAUGGCGGCUGCCGGAGCCGGCGAGUUUGUGUGGAACCGGUGGGACGUGCCUUGGCCUGCUUGUAAUUCGGCCGAAGUCGUGCCGGCUGAACAUGCUUCAGUGAGAUGCCUUUCAACUGCUUUGAAGAAGUGUGGGGCUGUUGACAGCAUGUUAAACAGCAAAAUGCUGGUUGCAGAACAGAGCCUUCUGCAUUCAAUCAUUUAUAAUUACCAUUAUCAAAUGAUUCAUCAAAAGGCAUAUGGGAGUCUUAAACAGGUUGAGAACAGAAAUCUGAAAAUUCUGAGGAGUCCUUGGUGCCCAGCCAGCCUGUAAUAGAAGUUGUUCUGGUGAAGAUACUGGGUGGUUGCAAGCUUAUACUACGUUUACUUGAAUGUUGUUGUACGGCAUUUAGUUUAAUUGUUAAACAUCUGUGUUUGGAAGAGUAUAUAUUGUUCAAUACUUUGAUUCUGGGGUUGCUGAGUCGGCUAUGGAUUCUUUAUGGAGCAGUAUUAAAAAAGCUUAGUACAUUAUAUAAGGAUCUGUUUGAAUUGCUUCAAGAAGUAGCAAAAAUGCACCAAAGGCCAUAUAUUAAAGGAUUUGUCUUUCCUUCUGAAAUAAAUGAUUUUCUGGAAACCAGUUAUUUAGAGAUUAAGAAAAAAAUGUCUAAAUCAUUUAUAGAAAGAAAAGCUGGCACUGGAUGGAUAAAUACAUUGUUUUCAGUUCCUAAGACUAUAUCCCACUCUCAGAAUCUGAGUGUAGCAAUUCCUCCAGCAGUCAGGAAAAAAAAGAAGAAAAAGAGGAAAGGUACCCAAAAUAGUUCUGAUAUUGGAAAACCAGUUUUGAUCAACAGAACUAAUCAAGGUAAAUAGUAAUGGCUGCUUAAUUUACUUCAAUAUUAGUAACAGUCACACUCAUGCUUAUAUU